GCAGGGAAGUAGCACUGCCGCUUGGUAUGGCGCGUUUCGCGGGUCUAGGGCUGGAACCCAUCCUCGCGGAUAGCGACGAUGACGAUGGAGACAUGGCGUUUAGGAGAGGCGGCUUCGGAAUAAGAGGAGGCGAGGACCGCAGAGGGAACGGGGGAGGCGGAAAUGACGCGAUGACCGACACUUGGCAGAACGAGUUCGGCAACAUCAAGGUCAACGACCGCGGCAUGCGGGUCGCGCAGAGGGACGGGCAAGAGGAGCUUCUUUUGGAGGGGCAGGUGGUGCCGGACCAGCUAGUGUUUGGAGACGGGCGUAUUAUCGGAAGGGGUGCGUGCUCGGUGGUGAACCUGGCGAGACACAAGGACACCGGCCAGCUCUUCGCGGUGAAGGUGUUCUCGCUUCUCGAUCGCGAGAAGCGGCGCCAGCUGGAUAGGGAGAUCGGGACCCUGCUCAGGUCCUUGGAGAAUGGGUGCUGCAGCCACUUGGUAGACUUCUUCGGCGCGUUCAAGAGGCCUGACGGGAGCAUCAGGGUGGUCCUGGAGUACAUGGACAGGGGCAGCCUUGCGGACGUUACCGAGUACCGGAUGCACAUACAGGCUCGAUGGAACGCCCGGCGAAAAAGCGUCGAAAAAGAGUCGAAGGAAGCGGCAUCGACGGAGGUGGCGAAGAAGGCGGGGGUGCAGGGGGCAGCCGGCAAGGUUCCUCAGAUCGGACGUGCAAACGGGGAAGGGUUGUCUCACAGGACGGAGACGUUUCCGUUGUCUGAUGAGGCGGAGGUGACCUUCCCUCCGGACAGAGGGCAAGACGGCGGUGGGUUGGAGCGGCUCGCAACGCAUCCCCAGGUUUCGGACGACGACGACGACAUGCCAGCAACCUUGGAGCGAUUAGGUGGCGGCGCCGGAGAAAAGACGCAGCGGCAGCAGACCCUCAUCAUGGGGAGCAGCGGCAAAAACGGGGGCGGCGGAGGCGGCGGCAUCGCCGCCGCUACGAGUGGUAUCGUGAAGAACCUAGCGGCCAAUGGUAGCGGUAGUAGUAGCAGUAGCAGAAGUAACGGCGUCGCUCAUCAGACCCGACAGCACCGGCAGCAUCGAACGGGCUCGUUCUCAAGCAAUUCUUCCGUAGGGGAGAGUCAGGCGCAGCAGGAGGCGAUCAUCUCCCUGGAGCCCCUGCUGCUGUCGGAGGGGGCGUUAGCGACGCCCGCGGCCGGCGUCAAGGAGACCCUUCUCGAGCGAGGAAGGGGGCAGGUCGAAGCGCCGUGGCUCGAUGACAAUGGAGACGGGGGGACCGGGGGGAAGCCCGCGCUGCGGUUCGAGCAGGAGCUGGAGGAAGACGAUAGACCGGAGGCCGCGGAGAGGCGGCGGGUGGAGGCGGCGGCGGAACUGGAGAGGCAGAGAGAGCAGGAGGAGUGGGAUCGAGCUUUCGAGGAAGAGCUGGUGCAGACGGGCCUUCCCGAAGACGUGGUUGCGGCUUGCGUCUACCAAAUAUUGGGGGGCCUGACGUACCUCCAUGAGCACAAUCAGCUACACCGCGACGUAAAGCCGAGCAACAUCCUUCUCAACGCCAGAGGGGAGGUUAAACUCACCGACUUCGGCAUCGCUCGAGAGCUUGACCACGCUGGGGCGAUGGUGGAGACGGUGGUGGGAACGGUCAGGUACAUGUCGCCGGAGAGGCUCCACGGGGAGGCGUACGGGCGGCCCGCGGACGUGUGGGGGCUCGGUUUGGUUAUGAUCGAGUGCGUCACGCAGGAGGCCCCCUACGCCGACGGUUGUUCCCAGAUCGAGAUCCUGCAGACCCUGAAAGAGCACGGCGGCAGCGGGCUCUUGCCCUCCGGCACAGAGGACAGAGUGCCCCUCAGCGAUGCCUUCGUCGGCUUCGUGGGCGACUGCCUAAGGGUCAACCCGGAGGACCGGCUUUCGACGGUGGAGCUGUUGAACUCGCGCUGGUUCGUGGAACAGGGGGUCCGCGGUCGCCAGGAUGCGGUCGAGCUCAUGGCGGAGUACCUGGAAGGGUUGUACGGCCCGCACGCCUUCAAGUACUUCGGGGACCCCGCGGCGCUCGAACCGCCGGCCUUGUAGCGAGAGCGCGAGGGUGUUUGUCUCCGUCGAGAGUGUGUUGUAGCUCGUGUCUGGCCGCGGCUGCCUCAGCGUGUGGGUAUUUACGCGCAUACGGUGGUGUGUGCCCUACCUUCUGGUGGGGAUUUCGAGUGGACAGGAAUGCCCCGGCGGCAUCUCGGGAUUAUAUUUGUAGCUGCGCGGUAGAAGGGGUUUCGGCACCGAAAGGGCGCGGUGUAUCUAUGAAUUGGUGGUGUUUGGUGCUGUUGUGGUGUUAGCGAGACCUCCAACGAGAGAUUGUUUUACCGACCGUUUUCGAAGAUCGGUCGCUAUCACGGUGCCUUGGAGUGUCGAGCUUGAUGUGUGGUUGAUUGGCACGAUUGCCCUUGAUGAUCGAGAGUGAUUUCGUGGAAUUCAUGUACGGUUCCGGGGGGGGGACGGCGACGGGUUGCGACGGUGCAUGGGAGUUGUAGACGACAACCGAUGGUAGGAUUAGACGAGUAGACAAGGUAGGGGGGUGGUGGCACAGCGAGAGCGAGUGCGCCGUACGCCGGUCGUAUCGCAAAGUUUUUAUAGAAGACGAGAAAGCAAAAACGGCCAAAACCUCAUGUUCGUCCUUCGUCAAUCGACGACGAGGAUGCUCUCUUUUGUGACGACGGUGUGCUGAAGCAGAAUUUUCGGACGGGUCAUGAGCGCGGUGCCUUCGAGUUUCUUGGCAAACGAAAAGGGUUUGUUCGAAAGAGUACCCCACCAGGCCGGUCGAGAUUAUCUACGUUGUGCCGAGGGAUGUUUUGUGCCGAAUUUGCGCCCUUUUGCUCACCGAUCGGCGUGCUCUACAACGAGCGGAGCAUCAGCGAACAUGGCUGAUCCAUUGGUUUUCGGCGUGGUUCAAUCUCCUCAGCUUCAGGAGGGUCCAUUUUUGUCAUGAGGGUGUGUGUGCUCACUCCGUG